GCAGAGACAGGGGUGGUGGCUACGAUAGGGUCGGGGGAUCAGCCAUUGUUUGGUCUUAGGGCGGACAUGGACGCCCUCCCGAUACAGGAAUUAGUUGAAUGGGAACACAAGAGCAAACUUGAUGGAAAAAUGCACGCCUGUGGUCACGAUGCUCAUGUGGCAAUGUUGCUGGGAGCAGCCAAAUUGUUAAAGAACAACUCUAAUAAACUAAAGGGCACUGUUAAACUUAUUUUCCAACCUGGGGAAGAAGGUCAUGGGGGUGCCUACCAUAUGAUCAAGGCUGGGGCUGUCGAUGGACUCCAAGGCAUUUUCGCCUUACAUGUUGACCCAUCAAUGCCUACAGGUACCAUCAGUUCCAGACCUGGUCCGAUGCUCGCUGGAUCAGGCAGGUUCACUGCAAUCAUUCAAGGAAAAGGAGGACAUGCAGCAGCCCCGCAUAAAGCUAAAGAUCCUGUUCUGGCUCUUUCUAUGACCAUUCUUGCACUUCAACAUAUUGUUUCACGAGAAACUGAUCCUCAGGAAGCUAGGGUGGUCUCCAUUGGAUACGUGCAAGGUGGAGAAGCAUUUAAUGUAAUCCCUGAGAGUGUCCAGUUUGGUGGUACUUUCAGGUUCAUGGACUCUGAAAGUUUUAACUACCUUAAGCACAGGAUUAAAGAGGUAAUAGAAGCUGAAGCUAAAGUGCAUCACUGUACAGCAGCUGUUGACUUCCUCGAGGAUAAACUAAUAUCAUAUCCUGCAACCCACAACGAUCCCACACUGUAUGAACAUGCUAAAAGAGUUGCAGAAAAGUUGCUGGGGAAGAGCAGAGUGAAGCUGCAUUUAGGAACCACUGUAGCUGAAGACUUCAGUUUCUACUCACAGAGGAUACCCGGGUCAUUCUUUGUUAUUGGAGUAGCAAAUGAAACGAUGACACCUGUCAAGGGGUCCCACUCCCCCCACUUCGUCAUCGAUGAAGAUGUUCUUCCAGUGGGAGCUUCACUCCAUACUGCAGUCGCACUGGCUUACUUGGAUUUUGAUGGGAUGGAUGACCAUGUAGAAAAACAUUAGAAGAUUCAUUCUACAUUGAGACUGUCAAAGCGAAAAAGAUUGGUUUUUGCUGAAUCACUUGCCCGUUUGCUAAUUUGAGAUCAUAUUUUAUGUAAAUU